GACAACAGAGUAGUGUUUGUUAUUCAGGGGGAAAUCAUGGUGAUAAAAACGAGAAGAAAGAGAAAGAAGAAGAGAAAGAAUUGAAAGAAGAGGAAAAAGUGAAAGAGAAGAAAGAAGAGAAAGAGGAAGAAGAGAAAGAAGUGACAGAGAAGAAAGAAGAGAAAGAAGACGAGAAAAAAGUGAAAGAGGAAGAGGAAGAAGAGAAAGAAUUGAAAGAGAAGAAAGAAGAGAAAGAAGAAGAGAAAAAAGUGAAAGAGAAAGAGGAAGAAGAGAAAGAAUUGAAAGAGAAGAAAGAAGAGAAAGAAGUGAAAGAGAAGAAAGAAGAGAAAGAGGAAGAAGAGAACGAAGUGACAGAGAUUAAAGAAGAGAAAGAGGAAGAAGAGAAAGAAGUGACAGAGAAGAAAGAAAAGAAAGAGAAAGAAGAAGAGAAAGAAGUGAAAGAGAAAGAGGAAGAAGAAGAGAAAGAAGUGAAAGAGAAAGAAGAGGGAGAGGAAGAACAAGAGAAAGAAGUGAAAGAGAAAGAAAACGCAAAAGAAGAGAAGAAGAACGAAGAGAAAGAAGUGAAAGAGAAAGAAGAGAAAGAAGAGAAAGAGAAAGAAGAGGAAGAGAAAGAAGAGAAAGAGAAAGAAGAGGAAGAGAAAGAAGAGAAGAAGAACGAAGAGAAAGAAGUGAAAGAGAAAGAGGUGAAAGAAGAGAAGAAGAAAGAAGAGAAAGGCGUGAAAGAGAAAGAAGAGGAAGAGAAAGAAGAAGAGAAAGAAGUGGAAGAGAAAGAGACAGAAGGAGAGAAAGAAGAGAAAGGGGAAGAGAAAGAGAAAGAGAAAGAAGAAGAAAAAGAAGCGAAAAAAACAGUUGAAGUGACAGAGAGAGAGCGAGAAGGAAAAAUUGAUGAAACAAAGCAGGAUAUGGGAGAGGAACGACAACACUCUCCUACACAGAAAGAUCUGCAGCACUCCCAAUGUCACGUCCCGGAGGGGGAGCUUUGCACAGGUAAACCUUUUGCUGCUAAGAAGGAAAAAGGGAAACAGAAUAAACAUGAUGCAUCUCGGCCGGGCAAAUCUGUAGACAAGUCUGUUAAUGACCCAGAAGAACCUUCUGUACUGUUUAAAACCACAGCAGAUGGAUGCUCAACAGGGGACACAGACGAGUCUAAAACUAAGAGGGGACAGAAACUGAACAGCCAAGCCGCGUCUUCAGAUGCACAACAGAGGGCGUCGGAAGAGGACACAACUAAUUCAGAUUCACAGGGAAGAAGGAAUGACUGCCCAAAUCAAGAUGUCCACAUUCCCAGCCCUGGAUACUGCAUCUCUCCCACUCAUAUCUCCGCCAACCUCAAUGAUGCUUCAUUAAUGAAUCAGGAAGUAAAACAGACACAGGAAGUGCUUGAUAACAGGCCGUUGCCUGACAGCCAGACAGGAAGCAGUAAGGACAUUAAUGACAACAACAUCACGAGCAACCAGAGCUCACCUGCACCGGGUAACAUACCAUCCUCCCCAACUCCUCUCUCCUCCUCGCCGCCUCCUCUCUCCUCCUCCCCACUCCCUUGCGCCUUCACAGAGCAAGAUGACCUCCCCUCUCCCAUCCAGGAGUCUGAGCCUGUCCUUUCCUCAUCACAGCCCCAACAUCCCCUGUCCGCCCAUCACACAAAAAACCUCCUCUCCUCUUGCCCCAACACCCAACCACUGCCUCCUGCCCAGCUUCCACUAAAUGGCCACCUCCAAGAGGCCGCUGUUACCCCUCCUACACCGACUACACCUACCAGAAGUGUAACCUCCACCCCGGUUCCUUCUGCAGCCCUGCAAAGCCUCUCCCAACCCGCCCAGGAGUUUGUACCCAGGUCCGGGUCUCUGAAUAUUGUGCCUGUUCCAGACUCUAAGUCCCAUCACCAUUCCCUAUCCCAUUCACCGUCUCCGCCUGACCACACCAAACACCACAAACAGGUCAAGACAGCUCACAAACAGAGCGCACAGGACAGCGGCAGGGACUUUGGCCUCGUCGAGGAAGACACGGAGAGUGAGAGCGACAUCGCUGCCUUUCAACAAGGUCACCAAACUCAGCCCAGGGGGGUUUCAGCGAGCAGAAGUUGCUCCGUGCACGAGUCUGAAACAUCCAGCCAAAAGGAAAUCCAGCCUUUCUCUGCCUGCCCGCUAGCAGACAGACAGCAAGGCUACCCAAGCAUCCAAAGCCACAAGAUUUCAGAGGAGAUUGACCUAACGUUCAAAAACAAUGGCUCUUGUAAUGACUCAGAGAGUGAGGGGUCAGUGCCGGAGUUGGAGGAGCCAGGGGUUGCACCGCUGAGACCCUCAGAGCCCCAGUCCAUCUCUCCUGAGGAUGAUGGGAUGAACAGGCCUAAACAAAGCCGAAGUGAGAAGAAAGCCCGCAAGGCCAUGUCGAAGCUGGGUCUGAAGCCAGUCCAUGGUGUGACCAGGAUCACCAUCAGGAAGUCGAAGAGCAUCUUGUUCGUCAUCAGCAGACCGGAUGUCUUCAAGAGCCCCGCUUCUGACAUCUACAUCGUAUUCGGCGAGGCCAAGAUCGAGGAUCUGUCCCAGCAGGUUCACAAGGCAGCAGCAGAGAAGUUCAAGGUGCCUGUGUCCUCCUCCCCCCUGACUCCCCCUGUUCCUCCCAGCCUCACCAUCAAGGAGGAGAGUGAAGAGGAGGAGGAGGAGGUGGAUGAGGGAGGUCUGGAGCAGAGGGAUAUUGAGCUCGUGAUGGCCCAGGCCAAUGUUUCACGGGCCAAGGCCGUCCGCGCACUGAGACACAACAAAAACGACAUUGUCAAUGCUAUCAUGGAGCUGACCAUGUGAACGGUGAGGAGAAUUUCAACCCUGAUCCCAACCCCAGCCACUUAAGCCUAGACGUCACUGACUCUUCUGUAUCGCUGCUAUGUUGCAUCCCCCAUUACCUGCUGAAUAAAGUCUGUUACAACA